AUGCGAUUGGAGCGCUCUUGCUGGCACCUGCUGGGCCACGCGGAACGCGUCAAGGCCAAGCUGAGCAGCGCGCUGGCCAAAGUGUCAUGGAGAGCCGCUCUGCACCUCCUGCAGGACUUCGUUUCGCACCGCGUGGAAACAGAUGUGGUGCUUUGCACCACAGUGUUGCAGCGCAUGGCCCAGGGCAGCGCCGCGGAGGCGGCUCUGACCUUGCUGAGCAGCCUGGGUUCCUUCGCGGCGCGCCCGGACCAGAUCGCCUGCAACACGGCGCUCAGCGCUUGCGCAGAAGCAGCCAAGUGGCAGACGGCGCUGGAAGUCUUCACGACCUUCUCAGCCCUUGCGCUUUUGCCAGACGUCAUCAGCUUCACCACAGCGGUGAGGGCAUGUAGCAAUGCCCAGCACUGGCAGGAGGCGCUUGCGCUGCUGCCUGAGCGGCUGCCUGUGGCGGACGCGCGGCUCUACAGCGGAGUCCUAUCUGCAUGGCAGCGCGGGGGACAUUGGCAAAGGAUCCUGGAUCUCUUCAUGGAGGCCAACGACCGCCGCCUGCUGGAUCACGGGCUGGUGGGGAGCGCAAUCAGUGCUUGUCAGGAAGCUGCCUUUUGGCAGCGUGCCCUAUGGCUGCUAGAUUUUGCGCGGCCCCUGGCAAAGCAGCCAAAGCAGCAGCUCGUGGCCUGCAGCGCCGCGCUGUCCGCUUGCGAGCGUCGGAGCCGCUGGGCUCAGGCGCUGCAAUUGGCGCGGCGCCUCGCCGAGGAGGGCCUGCGGCCCAACGUGCAGAGCUUCAGCUGCGGCGUGAGCGCCUGGUCCAGCGGCUUCCGCUGGACUGAGGCGGUAGGCCACCUGCGCCUGGCCCGAACCCAGCAGCUCCAGACCAACAUCGUCACCCACACCGCGGCCAGCUCCUCUGCAGAAAAGGUGCAGCGCUGGAGCUUGGCGCUGCAGCUCCUUGUGGAAGCAGGCCACGCGGGGCUGCGGCUCAACGUCCUGAGCUGCUCAGCGGGCUGCAGCGCCUGCGCGGAGGGCGCCCAGUGGCGCCGAGUGGGCCUCCUGCUGCAGGCCAUGGCCGUUCAGGGCCCACGGCCCAACGACUUCUCCCGCAACGCAGCCUGCCGCGCCUGCCAGCGGGGCCUUGCUUGGCCCCAGGCCAUGCACCACCUGCAGGAAAGUCAGCCGGAUUUGCUGACACUACUGGCAGCCAGUGAGGCUUGCCUGGAGGGCGGUAAGGCCAGCCUUGCCCGGCCGGUUCUGGCGCGCUUGCGCCGGGCAAGACCGGCGGAUGGGAACCAGGAGGUGACACAGAUGGAGCUGCUGCAAAGCAGCGGCCACUGGGGCGCCCAGGAAGCGCAGAAGCUCUGGCGCCGCCUGAAGCCGGCGCAGCGCAGCCUUGUGCGAGGCCAGAUGGAUCCUCUCACGGAGCAAUUUAGUCUCGGGGAGUCCUUCACGAAGUGGGUGCUGCGAAGUGCGCCGGCGCAGGUCUCUGCUCGCUUGGCAGCGCGCCGAGCCCUGGCGGAGGCUUCAGUACCUCGGGAGCCUGCGGCCACGGCCAUGCCCUCUUGGCUUUCAGCGUUCUUCGAAGCGAGCGAGGGCACCUGUGGCAGAGUUCAGGGGCAUGGAGGCCUUGGGCUGGACAAUGUGCUGGUCCCGGUGUUUGCAACGCGGCAAGGUCCAAAACAAGAGGAUGCAAUUCCUUGGCCGGCGGAGUGCGCCGAGGAGUGCGACUUCCUCUCACAGCGACUUUUUGCCCAUGUAGACGAAGACUUUGAUGGGCUGGUUGCCCUCCAGAGGGCCCGAGAGGUUCUCUCGGAAAUUUCUGAGCAGCUUCAAUCCACCCUGCCUGAAAUAGCGUCAGAGAACGUAUCGCCAGAAGUUUGGUCUGCCUGCAUGCGAAGCAUGUGCGACAUCUCCGGCGAGCGUUUCCAGAAAGUAGUGAGGGAGAAGCUGGAGGAGGAGCCCGUCAAUGAGCCCCACAUUCUUUUGGGGCCAGUCAUCGGCAAAGUCACAGAGUCAUCUGCCCGGAUAUUGCUGGAAGCCAGCCAUGAUGUACCUAUCCGCUGCGUCCUGAAGGCGGAGAGCGGCGCUCAAGCCGAGCGACGCGCUGAGCUGAAGCGGAAGCGACCCCAGGUGAUUCGAUUCGAGAAUUUGGCCAAAGAGACCCACUACGAGUUGAUGAUCGAGGGCGCCGUUCUACUCACAACCUCGUCCUUCCGCACACUGCCCGCAGGUGGCUGGAGGCUAGCUGCUGGAGCCCAACCCUGCUUUGCGGUUGCCAGCUGCAACUGCAUCUACGAGACUUGGAAGCUUCGAGGCGCCGACCUUUGGGUCGAUCUGAAACAUCGCAUGGAGCAGGGGUUGCAGGUGGACUACUUCCUGCAUCUUGGUGACAACGUGUACAUGGACACGGAUUGGCAUUUGAUAGAGAAGGGCAAGCGGACCCUGCAGGACCACUGCAAGUGGGGCAUCGCCCGAAAGAUGCUCGAGAAGGUGGCAAAGGAGAAGUGGCAUGAGAGGACUGCGGAGAUUGAGGAUCAUUUCCAAGAUGUCUAUCGCGAGACCUGGGGUCAUGAGCCUACAAGGUGGGUCCUGGCGCACGUGCCGAACCUGAUGAUCUAUGACGAUCACGAGAUCCGCGACGAUUGGGGAGAUCGGCCGGAGGACAAGGAUCACAGCUCCUUAGACAGGUUCUUGGGCAACAUUGCCUACAGAAUCACAAACUCCUACCAGCGCGUCCUGCAUGACGACAAUGUGAACCCGGAAUACGAUUUUCACAUGCACGCCUUCGGUGACGUUGGGAUUCUGUUUGUGGAUGUCCGUGGCUGCAAGACCUUCCACCACAAGCCUGACAAGGACAGCCGCUUGCCGAUGCUGGGCCAGCGUCAGUGGGACAGUUUCGAGGCCGCCCUAGAUGGUGGUAUUCUUUGCGGUUGCAAAGCGCUCUUGGUGAUGCUGCCAGAGCCCAUUGGCUACGUGAGCAGGGCGAACACCUUCCUGAUUGGUCACACCGUGUGCGACGAUCUCCUAGGCCAGUGGUCUGCAGAGGCUCAUCGAGCAGAGGUGCCUCGCUUCUUGAAGCAGCUGAAGGCCUGGCGAGAUUCGAGCGCGGAGAAGCAGCUGCUGCUGGUGGCUGGAGACGUACACGAAGGCGGAUGGACCGACCUCAUCCUCCAGACGAAAGCCCGAGAGGGCGGUGAACAGCGGCUUCGGCAACUCACUACUUCAGCCAUAUGCAACAAGAUGACAUCUGCUGGAGAAGCGCUGGCGGUAUCUUUGACCCGCGGCGUGCUCUCCAGCAUUGACGUGACUGACACAGGCACUGGUUGGUGCAGCCGCCACUAUGACUGGACAAACUACCGCAACUACGCACUGGUGGAUGUGGUUUGGGGCACCGAGGGCAAACUCAAGGUGCGCGUGCUGCGUGCGCAGCAACUGAUGGAAAGCAAGGAUGUUCUUCCAUGGUCCUCUGCGGCAGUUGCUCUGACCGUGGGCGAGCAGACGUUCACGACCCACGCAGUCUGCGAUGACACCAGUCCUGUGUGGAACUCCAACGAGUUCGAAUUUGCGGUGAAGCCAACGGACUUCUUCCUCGAAGUGAAGGUUUGCGACUGCGACAGCCUGACUGGCAGCCACCUGGGCAAGACAAGGCUUCCUAUCCAUGGCCACCAGGCGUCAAAGCGCCAGGCAAGUCUUGGACACAACAGGGGCACCAUCGAGGUGGAGGCCUACUUCGAACCUGUGCCAGAAAGGCAACACAGCAAGGCUAUCCUGAGCGCUACGCUCGUGAGCUGCAGCGAUGGGCCUGUGCAUGUGACCAAGCGACGCACCACCAACGAUCCUGUUUUCUCGGCGGGGAAGAAGCUGGCGAACCACGUUAAUGAAUUUGCCGGUUUCGCGGGCAUGCUGAUGCGGGAGACGUGCGGCAGUCUAUGCUUCAGCCGCAAGUGA